CACUUGUGAACCCCAACACCUCCCACUCAACAUUCCGCGGUAGUCCUAAAAUGCCCCAAGAAGCUUCCAAAGUUGCCGACCCGGAUUCCUCCGCCGAAGUAGCCGCCGAAGCAGCCGCCGAAGCCGUUGCCGAAUCGAGCAGACAGCAGGAUGAAGCCGAAUCUGGUGACGAGAGCGCCGAGGAAGCUACAGAGCCGGGAGCGGGCGGGGAGCACGUUACAGCGAAGAAGAAGAAAAGCAGGAAGCGUAAGCUCAAGAGUACCUUGACAGGGAAGGGAAAAGAACCCGCAGUCGGUGACGCAGAAGCUCCCGCAGGGCAACAUUUGAGCAAAGACCAAUUGAACAUGCUGCUCGAGGCUAACCCAGCUCUGAAAAACGACCUGAUGGCAAAGGGAACAGGAAAGGAAAGUAUAGAGCAAAUGCUGCGGAAACUCAAUGUCAGCGAGAUGUUGACGGGGCUCGCGCCGCAGGGCAAGAAUGUGAAGGACAUGGCCAGCCACGAGUUCUGGAAGACCCAGCCGGUCCUCAGCUUCGAUGAGUUGGCGAGCGGAAAGGACAAGAUUGUGGAUGGUCCAAUCAAGGACAUCCAGAUCGACAAGGUGGACAAGAACCCAAGCCCGAUGUAUCCAGGCUUCGAGUGGGUGACAAUGGAUCUGGAGGACGAGAAACAGCUCGAGGAGGUCUUCGAUUUGCUCUACAAUCACUACGUCGAGGAUAAGGAGGCCAUGUUCAGAUUCAGAUACUCGCCAUCUUUCUUGAAUUGGGCGCUCAAGGCUCCAGGCUGGAGGAAAGAAUGGCAUGUUGGCGUUCGCGCCUCCGCGUCUGGCAAACUUGUCGCCUUCAUAUCUGCCAUCCCUAUCCAGCUUCGUAUGCGCAAGAAUAUUCUUAACUGUUCAGAAGUCAACUUCCUCUGCGUCCACAAGAAACUGCGGUCAAAACGCUUGACGCCAGUCUUGAUCAAGGAGAUCACUCGACGUUGCUAUGUCGAAGGUGUAUUCCAGGCUGUCUAUACCGUCGGUUCUCUCCUACCUACUCCUGUGUCCACAUGUAGAUAUUUCCAUCGAGCUUUGGAAUGGGAGAAGCUAUACGAUGUUGGAUUCUCCCCUCUCCCACAUGGCAGCACCAAGAAGCGGCAGAUCAUGCGGUAUUCCCUUCCUGAGAAAACAUCAACACUAGGUCUUAGGCCUAUGGAGGCCAAAGAUGUCGAUUCGGUGCUGGACUUGCUGAAGCGGUAUCUUGAUUGCAUGGAUAUGGCACAAGUCUUCAGCAAGCCUGAAUUUGAGCACUGGAUGUUCCCAACCGAGAAACCCAAAGAGCAGGUAGUCUGGAUCUAUGUGGUGGAAAACCCGAAAAGCAAGAAGAUCACAGACUUUUUCUCCUUUUACAACUUGGAGAGCACGGUUAUAGGACACAAGAAACACGACGUGAUCAAGGCCGCAUAUCUCUUCUAUUACGCGACGGAAGUCGCUUUUGAGAAAGACGCGAGUUUGUUGAAGCCCCGCCUCAAUGCAUUGAUCAAGGAUGCGUUGAUUCUGGCGAAACAGGCCAAAUUCGACGUAUUCAACGGUCUCACGCUCCUUGACAAUCCGCUCUUCCUCGAGGACCAGCGCUUCGGUGCUGGCGACGGCUCACUACACUAUUAUCUCUACAACUACCGUGCUCAACCUCUCGCAGGAGGUAUUAACAUGAGUAAUCAAUCUAGCGAUAAGCAUAUGCGUGGGGUCGGAUUGGUAAUGCUGUAGUCCAGAAUUUUCGUAGCAACUGCUAUAUCGAACGUGAUAUGGCGCAAGUCUGGAUGGUUGAAAGGAGGGAAUUCAAUAUUGGAAAGGUUAUUCCUUUUGCAAUUGGGACCAGUUGUUAGCCUUAGGGAUCGCCAAACUUUAUCAUUG